CCACUCGCGAUAACUCGCGUCGGGGCAGAAGCUGGGCGGAAAAGGCGGGAGAAGACUGCCGCUUCCGCGUCCGCGCGCACACACAACGCUGGGGCAAAAUGGACGAUAAGUUAAUAUUGGCCGUAUUUAAUUACCCAGAGCUGUACAAUGUCACUUUGCCGAAUUACCGCUGCACGGAAAGUCGGGUAAAUGCCUGGAGAAGCAUUAGCAUCAUACUGGGUCUCCCGUCCGAGGAGUGUAAAAGAAAAUGGAAGAACAUGAGAGACCGGUACUUGAAGGAAGUCCGAAUGGAGAUCAAAGGCAAGAAACAAGGAGAGAUUGCGCAAAGCCGAUGGAAAUAUAGACAACUUAUGAACUUUAUCGCACCCUUCACUGGAUCAAGAAGUGGUCUGGCAGACAUCUGCAGUAACAAUGACGACGACCACGAUAAUCUUGACAACGAAUCUGGCAGUGUUGAGAGAGAAACCACGUCAUCUGAGGCAGUCAAAACACCGCAGUCCGCCAUGAAGGUUCCUGUGAGUCAACCUGACCUCAAGCCCCAGGUAGCCUUUGUGACGCAGAUCCCUUCCAUGUCUCAAGACACACAGAUGACCCAGCUGGCUGUUCUGGCUAAGAUGCCCUCGAGCCCACAGAUCGGCCCCAUCAGCAAAACUGGACGAAAACGGCGCCUGAUGCAAGAGUCACUUUCACGGUCUUCUUUUCCCAGUACACCAUCUCCCACGAAGUGGCUGGUCAAAGACAAUGGCACCUCAGUGCCCAACAGGCCACGGGACGAGGACGAACUGUUUCUUCUGAGCUUUGUCCCCGCUCUGAAGCGACUUGCUCCACAGAAAAGGUGCGAGACAAAAAUAAAGAUCCAACAGAUUAUGUAUGAAGCGGAGUUCAACGUUGCACAGUCUGGAUCUCAAGAGAAACGGACGGAGCCAGCCAAGCUGCACUAGGACAAACAGACUUCUUUUAUACUUUGUGCUUUAUAAAAACCUCUUCUACAAAAUGAACCAAAUAUCUAUUUUUCUUUUUUUACAGCAGUGGUUGAGGCUGAAGUACAUCCUUUUUUCUUUUUUUUUUUAAAUGGGAAAUUCUAACAAUGAAGAAUAACUAAACAAGUUUGAGUUUUUUCACACAA